ACCAGAUACCGUUGCACGUGGAGAGGAGAACGCAACAAAUGGGAAUGGUGACUCAAACUGGACGACGAGCUUCUCCGGUAUGAGCGAGAGGCCCUUCGAGGGAAAGCCGGCGGAGGUAUUGGGAGAGGAACUGAACCAGGAGGACAUUGAGAUCAAGCCUGACGGGCUCAUCUACCUCCCCGAGAUCAAGUAUCGUCGCAUCCUGACCCGCGCCUUUGGACCGGGAGGCUGGGCCAUGGCUCCGCGAGGCGAGACGAAUGUUGGGCAAAAGAUUGUCUCCAGGGAAUGGGUCCUCGUCUGUCUUGGUCGCUUCGUAUCCACUGCUCGUGGAGAGCAAGAAUACUUCGACCCAAACGGCGUAGCCACGGCGACCGAAGGGGCCAAGUCGAAUGCGCUCAUGCGCUGCUGCAAGGACCUGGGCAUCGCCUCUGAGCUCUGGGACCCUCGCUUCAUCCGCACAUUCAGGGCUAAGCACUGCGUAGAGGUGUGGGUGGAAGAUGCCAAGACGGGCAGGAAGCGCAAACUCUGGAGACGGAAGGAUCAGCCUGCCUUUGAGUACCCGUACAAGGAAACGGGCGUGGCU